AUGCCAGUACUGAACCCUUUCCUGCGGGCGCUCUUCCAGAGUAGUGUGCUGGGACACGCCCUCCCGGCCCAGAAUUACAUCCUCCUUGUACCAACUACAGAGUCCCUGAUAUAUGGUCUCGAUCGCGAGACCGGGAAGCGAUAUGCCGACCAAAGCGACGAUGAAGACUUCCUCGCCGCCCAUAUACUACGAGUGCCGCCACCGGUGGGCAAGGAGACACCCAACGUACGAGACAGCCGCGGGAAGGCCAAAACGUACUCUACAGUCAAUGCGCGGACUGUCAUAGUCAAGGAGAAUGUCGUCUUCACCAAUAAGGGCUUCAAGCAGUUGACACAGGCCCAAAUACUGCAGGAUGCUAUUUACCACUCGACUGGCAGCGACAUGCAGCAGUGGCUGUUGUACUAUAUAUCAAAACCACUGACUGGGUCAUGGGAGGCAGAUCCGGUGAAGCCCGCGCUGUUGGACCAGCCACGACCGCAAGCGGAACCAGUCGACUCUUCACAGCCCAAGAAGAAGGACAUCAAGUCUUUCAAUGAGCUGCUGAACAACUUUCCUAUGAUCGCGAGGCAGAUGCAACCUGGACUGGAGAGACUAUUCAACGAAUUUGGGAAAGAGCUAGGGAGACCUCUGCCGCCACCUCCGUCCGUUGAGGACUCUGCAGAACCAUCACUGAGCGGCACAACGCAAGUCUCGGAGAAUGGUUCGAUCAAGUCGAAUGGCUCUGUCAAACUACCGCUCAAUCAUGAAGGGUUCUUUGAGGAUGAAGAGGACCUGAUGUGCAAAGCACUUGAGACAGCAGUCACAGCUGCCAUCGAUCUGUUUCAAGGCGUCGACAAGCAGCAGCUUUCACUACUCGGAGCGACUACCGAUCUGACCGGACCUGCUGUCGAACGCCUGAUAGAGCGCUAUGUGUCUGAAUCGGUUCAUGAUAAUCUCCUGUUCCCGAAGCUGUGUGCUUUCCACAAACCGCACGAUCAAGAGCUCGAUCGGCGAAUACGACAGAUGGACAGUCUGGAUGUGUCUCAAGUCGGCAUUGCUCUCGAAGACGGUAGAGAUAGCAAGCGCGACCUCCUUGUCCGCAUUGAUAGCGGCGUCAAAGCAUUCCGACAGAUGGGCGUGGCUGGUAGUCCACAGCAAAUGCUCGACGUGCUGCUGGCUACGCAGAAGGCGGUCUCGGAGAGCGGACGCGCUGCUUCAAUUGCGGAUGACGAGAAGAGGGCAACACAGAUGACGAUCAAUGCCGACAUUUUGGUUUCGCUGCUCCUCUUGGUCGUGAUAAGAUCGCAAAUCCGACAUUUGCAAGCUCGCCUUUCAUAUAUGCAACGCUUCAUCUACAUCGAAGAUGUCGAGAGCGGCGAGGCUGGCUAUGCUUUGAGCACUCUUGAGGCAGUCUUGACGUACCUAGCACGUGGCUCUGGUGGUUUGCGGCAAGCGUCGAAGCAGAACAAAGCUCUGUGGGAUGCAAUCAAGUCUGGAAACAUGGAAGAGACGCGAUCGGUGUACCAAGGCGACACCCCGAUCGUCUGUGAUGAGGUUGUCGCUGAGCCAGAGGAGCGACCGGUGCUUUCAAGAGGCUCAUCAUACUCCAACACCAAUGGAUCAUUAUCACGAAAGUCGUCGCAUGACGAUGGUGGCCUAUCACAUGUAUUUCCAUUCCAGAAAGCACCCACGAAGAAGAAGAAGCGAGUACAAAUGGCAGCUAGGAGCCUUUCCAUCUCCUCGACCGUGUCCUUACUAUCCAGAACGGCGACCCUUGAGACGACCUUGAGUGGAAUAGAGGGUGACACGUCCGUGUCCUCGCUUUCGCAGACGCAAGAUCCGACCGGCAAUUCGGCAUUAAUGAUGGCGGUGGAGAGCCAACAAAUUCCAAUCUUACAGUACCUGCUCAGUCUAGACGAGUACUAUCCGACCCCAGUAGUACUGGAAGACACGACUACAGAGGGCACAACAUUACUCAGUGCCGCCAUCCAGCUCGCUAAUAUCGACCUGGUCAAGUGCUUGCUCGAGUAUUUAGAAGCAAAUGUCGAAGAAGGCACCUUCCGCGACUACUUAGCUAAGCAGGACAGUAGAGGACGGAGCGCGGCUCAUUACAUCUUUAACACACCAGAGAUGAUAUCAGAGCUCGCAACACUUCUGCCAUGGAGGCAACAAGACAAGAUCGGACACACACCACUGUUUGCGAUUUGCAGAACAUAUGACCAUACAGACUACAGUAACAUGGUGUCGGAAGCCCUCGAGGCCGCGAGAGUGGCACAAGGAGACGAGAUGCCACUUCGACUUGAAGACCACCAGGACAAUAAGAGCAAUUGUCUACUGCACAUUGUGAAGGACGCCAACAUCAUGGUUCGCAUGCUGAACCAAUGUGAUGUCGAUCCGAAUAUGAUGAAUGACAAGAAAUUUACGCCACUCAUGCUCGCCAGCAAGUAUGGUCGAGUCGACAUGGUUCGCAUCUUCUUCGGCGAUCCCCGAGUCGACCUGCAUCUGAAGGAGGCAAGAGGGCUGACAGCUGUCGAGUUGGCCAAGGAUGACGAAGUCCGCAAUCGAAUCGACGACCUGUCCCUUUUCUCGAACACAGCUACGAGCAACGUACCCGACUCCUCCGGUCGCAUCACCGCCAUCGUGCGCUCCUAUUUCGUAGAAGACGGCUCAACUCGCUUCGUCCUCAAGUCCGGCGCCCCAAAUGCCGCCGUCUCCGCCACGACCUACACCAUCACCACCAGCCGUCGUUCGCUCCAGGACUUCGAGAAUCUUGCCAAGUGGCUCUCAAUGGACCACCCAGCCUCAUACAUCCCGGCCAUGAACGCCUCAAACUUUCGCUCACCCUUCGCUCUACACGCCAAACCUUCGCGGGCAGCACUUUACGAAUCACAAACCCACGUCGACCGCUUCCUCAAGAUCAUGAUGUCGCAUCCAACAUUCAGCACCCACGAAAUGCUCUGGGAGUUCUUCCUCGUGCCAGACAUGGCACCUGAAGUAAUCGCGCAGCGCGCCAAAUUGAAGGGGCAAUUGACACAGGAGCGGAUCUCGGACGACUACGAGCCCAUGACCCAACCCUCCGACCUCAAAGACGUCGAAUCCGUAAUCAACCACUCCCGCGACAUCGUCCGCCGCGUCAGCAUCCACACGCGCAACCUCAUCCGUAAGGGCUUCGCCAACGACCCUUCCAAAAUCACACACCGACGCCCUGUCGAAAUACGCGUCUCUACUUCCGAGCAACCCGCCUCCAACCCCUUGAACAACUACAUCUCCUCCCUCCUCGCGCUCCAUUCUACCACCCUGGCGGUCCAAACCGCCCUCCUCCGGUCCUCCAGCCUGAUAACGCAAAUCCAAGCCGCGAAUCGCACCCUCGCGAGAUCUCGCGCCAACUUGCUCUCAAAUUCUGUUCCCAAGAAAGGACCUCUUGGGAUAAGUCUUCCCGGUUCAGAGGAAAGCAGGUUGCGGAGCAUGAAGGAGGCGGAAAACAAGAUUUUGGAGAGUGAGGCGGAGAUUGAUAGCCGGGGAAGGACAUUGAGGUAUACGCAGGAGGUAGUGUUGGGGGAGCUGGCGGGGUGGACGAGUUGGAAGGGAGUGGUGGGGCGGGAGGAGGUGAGGAGGUUGGUUGGUGGGGUUGUGGUAAGGGAGAGGGAACGGUUGAGGGGGAUGGAACGGGUGUUGAGGGCGGUGCAGAAAGGAGGGUGA